GCGCCUGCCUCGCACGCAUUUUAUUAGUGUGAUUCUGUUAGUGCUAGUGAGAGCGUCAAACUAAUCAGAGCUGAUCAGCGGUAUUCCGUGCCGCAACGCGACCGGUCAUGGAUAGAAGAGCCUCCACUAAAGCACUUACUGAGAAAGAGUUACAGAGAAUAGCCGAAAACUUAUCUGAUAUUGAGGAUGAUAUUGCCGACUUUGAGAGUGAAAGCGAAGGAGAGGAGGAAGUAAUUGAAGAAGAUUGCUAUAACAGUGAAUCGGAACAGUCCACUGAUGAAUUUUCCAAAGAAACUGAAUCCUUUGUCAGGCCCAAUGAGAGUGAACGUUUUUAUAUUGGGAAAAAUGAAGAGACAAUUUGGAAAAGCACUCCUGUAAUUCAAGGUAAUAAACCCAAGGCUACAAAUAUUAUCAAAGUUUUACCUGGAUCCAAAGGUGCGGCCAAAAAUGUGUCAAAACCAUUAGAUUCGUUUUUUAUGUUUUUGACAAGGGAUAUGGUAGAUCAUAUCGUAUUAUGCACUAAUAUUUAUAUCGAAAAUAAACGUGAUAAUUUUAUACGAGACCGAGAUUGUAAGUUAACUUCUUCCGAAGAAAUGUCGGCACUAUUUGGAGUACUUUUCAUAAUUUCCAUAAAAAAAAGAAACCGCGUAAAUGUUGAAAAACUUUGGGCCAGAGAAGGGACAGGAAUGAUUCUGUUAAGAGCAUUAUUCAGUUAUAAAAGAUUUUUGUUUCUUCUUCGUGCCCUUCGUUUCGAUGAUAUAACAACAAGACAAGAACGCGAGAAAUUUGAUAAAUUAGCAGCGAUAAGAAAGAUAUUUGAGGAUUUUGUCAAAAAUUACAUGGAAAGUUAUAGUUUCGGCGAGUUUAUCACAAUUGACGAAAUGUUACAUCCAUUUCGAGGACGAUGCGGAUUUGUUCAGUAUAUGCCAUUAAAACCUGCCAAAUAUGGCAUCAAGUUCUACGCUCUUUGUGACAGUAAAACGUACUACACUUGGAAAUUUGAAAUAUAUUGCGAAUUACAACGGGAGGUACUUUUCAAAACUUCAAACCUACCAUUCGAUAUUGUACAAAGACUAGUAGAGCCAAUAAAAAACACUAAAAGAAAUAUUAUUACACUAGCACAGUAUCUUUUAAAAAAUGGCAUAACUUUAACUGGUAUAGUAAAAAAAAAAUAAAAGGGAAUUACCGCCAGAAUUCCUACCGAGCACGUCGCGUACUUUAUGAUGUCACUUUAGUAUCCCAUAUUGCUAAAAAAAAUAAAGGUGUAAUUUUGCUGUCCACCAUGCAUGACAACGAUGAAAUUGACAAGGAAACACAAAAACCAGGAAUAAUAUUGCAUUAUAACAAAACAAAAUGUGGCUUCGAUACAGUUGACCAAAAAUGCUCCUCGUAUACAACACAAAGAAUCACAAGAAGGUGGCCUUUAGCAAUUUUCUUUAGAAUUUUAGAAAUUGCAAAAAUCAACUCCGAAAUUAUAAUCAAUAAUAAUAGACCAGCCGCCAAGACGAAGAAAGCAUUUGACCUCUCUAAGUUUAUCCCUCAUGGAAAAUUAUCUUAAGAAACGCGCGAAGAUAGAAACACUUCCUAAGGAUAUUAGGAAGUUCUUAUCUCGCUAUAAUACUCCUGUUGAAGUCCCUAUGGCACUAAAUAAAAAUCGGGUUUGUCGUUGUCAUAUAUGCCGCGCACACAAAAAUAACAAAACAACAGUUACUUGUGGUCAAUGCAAAAGAUUUGUUUGUAAAUCACACAGUGAAAAAUCGGUGCAAUGUAAUAGUUAUCUUUUUCCACCAAUGGAGGAAGAUUAGUUUAAAACAAAAUAUAUAAGUGAUAAGUACAUUCCUUUUUUGUAUAACGUUUAGUUGUACAAAUGUAUUUUUGAUAUUUUGUUAAUGGGGAAUCUCAUAAUUUUUGUUGUAUUUAUUUUGAGUUAUAAAAUUUAUUUUAUAAAUAAAGCUUUUACUACGAUUAGAGUUGUUUUAUUUUGUAUGUAUUUUUCAAUUAAAACUUAUUUUGCCAGUGAGGCUACAACUAUUUUACUUGCGGCAUAGAGUACCGCGGAGCGAC